GGCAAGUGCGGGGGAAGCCAUCGAUCUGCUUACGGACUGCGUGCAGACCGGGCUCACGGUGCACGGGCCAUGUUGGAUUGGAGUGGAAGGAUCAACAAGCAACUCGGGUUGGCAAUACGAGACGACAUGAUGUCUUUUGCCAUCGUCAUCUUUUCGUCAGGGCUGGUCGGGGGGUUGCCCUGGUCACGUGAGAUCCUCUAUCUCGACCGAGCUCGCCAAGGCACACGAGUAUUCUUAGUGAGCAUUCCGGCCCUGACAUCCGAGGAUAUGCAGAUCCGAUGAGUAAUGGGUAAUGGGCAGCUGCACGUUCGUGGAUCGACCGAACGA